UAGCUCAAAAUCCGAAAAAUAUCGAGAAAACCUAUAUGAGAAAACCUUUCCAAGUCAGAAUCUGGACUCAGAUUUGCACAACCCUGAUUAGAAAUGACAUCGAAUGGCAGUAUCGGUAUGAAUAGAGGAAGGAUUAGCUCUUAUAUAAAAAGCAGAAUAUUACCAAAAGCAAAAAAAAAUUGAGGGGGCGGCGGUUCAAAAAAUUACUUUCUUUUCGCAAACUCCGAUCGAAAAAUUUUGUUGAUAAUAGCUCAUCAUUUGAGUUCAGUAUCACUCUCCAUAAGUUUCAUCUGGGUCUCAUGCUCUGAAGCUGAGAUCCAGCAUACCAGAAACUCCUGGAUCCGCCACUGUUCUGUACAUUUACAUAUAGUGUGAAUUGUGGUUUGGUCUGUAGCAGUGAUGAUCAUCAUCUACUGCACUUUUCUCAGAUAAUAUCUUAGCAAUACUCCGUAAUGUAAUAUGUUUAAUUUAAUUCUAGUUACAGAAAUGACAACGACUGAUAUCAUAAUAUCGACAAUUAUGACAUCAAAUUCAACUACAGCGCUAACAACAACAAUAACAACAACUGGAGUUGAUACAACAUCAUCGUUAACAUAUACGUCGAUUCCAAGUAUACAUCAGAUUUAUUCGUUUUCGCGAUAAUUACUUAAACCUGGCAUGGAAAUGUUGGAGAGGCUCGCCUGUGGUUUAAACCAAUAGACUGAAUUUAUCUUAUAAACCUGAUUUAUGUUUUCUCAUUCACAGCGGCAACUACAAUAAUAACCACUCAGUCCACAUCAUCAAUAUCAAGUGCCAUAUCAACGUUAGGUACAUUAAACAAUUUCUAUUUAUAAUAAUAAAACAAAAAUUUGGGUGGUUUUUACUUCAGGUUUUAAACUCUCUUCAGAACUGAACCAUAUUCUUUGUUCUCAGCUUUUUAGAAAUAUAAGGCGUGCGUAAUUCGAAGUUACAGUACUAGAUAUUUUUAUGGUUGGAUAGAACUUUUCGAGCUGAUCAAGAAUAUGUCGGUUUUAACCUUAUGAACUAAUAUUUUCAAUGAGGAAAUUUACAAAUACGGGAAGGGUUCUAAAUUUCAAAAAGCCGUUCCGGCACGUAAAAUUCGAAUAAUUUCUUCUAUAUUCCUUUGAGAACUCUACUGUUUCUUUUUUCUGAUUCAGCGCAUAGAACUGAG